AUGUCUUGUCGACCUCAACUAAUUGGCAGAUCACCUUUGGGACAAUUGAAGUCCGAAGGAUUAUUAACAUCAGAAUGUAAAUAUCAUUCAUGUCAAGGAAAACUAACCAUUCCAAAUAUCUGUCAAGAUUUGAAAUUUUCAACUGAUGAUCUUAUGGAUGAAGGAGAAAUUGGUCGAGGAGCAUAUGGAUUUGUUAAUCGUAUGGUUCAUAGACCUACGAAAACAGCUAUGGCAGUUAAGAGAAUACGUUCAACGUUAAAUGAACGUGAACAAAGAAAUACAUUGAAAGAUUUAGAUGUUGUUAUGAAUUCAGCAAAUUGUCCAAAUAUUGUUCUAUUUUAUGGUGCAAUAUUUACAGAAGGUGAUUGUUGGAUAUGCAUGGAAAUGAUGUCUACAUCAUUAGAUAAAUUUUAUAAAUUUGUUUAUAAUUAUUUACAAUCACGAAUCCCUGAAAGUAUUAUUGGGAAAAUUACUACAGCUACUGUUUCAGCACUUGAUUACUUGAAAACUGCUCUUAAAGUCAUUCACCGAGAUGUAAAACCAUCAAACAUUCUGAUCGAUUGUAACGGUAAUGUGAAAUUAUGUGACUUUGGUAUAUCUGGUCAGUUGGUUGAUAGUAUUGCUCGAUCACGUGAUGCUGGUUGUAAACCGUAUAUGGCGCCAGAACGUAUUCAUCCAGAGUUAAGCGCUAAUGGUUAUGAUAUACGUUCAGAUGUAUGGAGUUUAGGCAUUACUUUGAUUGAAUUAUCCACUGGACAAUUUCCUUAUCCAUCAUGGAAUUCCGUAUUUGAACAACUCACUUGUGUAUUAGAUAAUGAUUCACCUAGUUUACCGGAAUACUUACCAAAAUCUAUUCAAAAUUCAUCAUCAACUACAACACUUGUCAAUAUUGAAUAUUCUAAUAAUUCAAAUGAAUCUUAUUCAUCAUCAUCAUCAUCAACAACAGAUUUUUCAUCUGAAUUUCGUAAUUUUGUUUCACAGUGUUUACAGAAAGAUGUGAGAUGUCGACCGAAAUAUCAAGCACUUAUGCAUCAUCCAUUCUAUUUACGUUCAUUAAGUGAAUUUAUUGAUGUUGGAAAAUAUUUUCAAUCGAUAUUAAAUAAAGUUCCUCCUCAUAUGAAUAUGAAUGAAUUAAGUCAAACUCACAGUUGA